GUAUUCCUGCUGCAAGCGUGUAGAUCCGGUAUGCAUUCUUGGCUGUGCAGUGGACAGGCGGACGCAACCAGGCCUUUCACGGUUAUUUGUUUCAUAUUGUGUUUCCUCCAUCAAAUGUGUUAAACUCAGGCCCCGUAACAGCGGCUUGACUAUCUCUGUUAUUCCAAUUUUUUGUGUAUACUGUCCAUCGCACGUGAUCUGUUUGACGCGGGAAAGGCGGAUGUACCGGUGUUGAGGAUCCAACAGACGGUCGUUGAAAAGCGAAUGUUUAACUCAGGUCCACGGAUAUGUUGUUUAUAGAGCUGAAACACGCAUGCGAUUUAGCAGGUCUACGUAGGUAAGCAUUUCGAUGAAAACCGAGCGAUCCUUGUAGACCGAGUGCUGCAUGCUAGAAGGAAAACGAUUCAGUUCUCUUGGUUUCUCUGAAAAAGGGCAACUGCUCCGGGCUGUGAUGACUUUUAUGUGAUUUGUUCUCUGUCUAAGAGGGUUUCCAACGUUUGAUUGGCAGUCGGAUUUUCCGGGGGAUUCGUUGGUUGAGCAGAUGCCUGUGGAACUGCAACACGUAAAAAAUGAGACCAGCUCAAAAACAAGUGAAGAAGGGGGUGAGACACCUAAAUUCUAACCCCCUUUCAAGAAACCACCAUGACCAAGGACUGAAUGGGAACGCGAAACAACGUCAAAAUAUCCCCGAGUUCUCACAUUUAACAACAUCUGGAAAUGGGAUUUCUGAGGUGCCCGUUACGGCAGAACUGCUGCAUGCACCGGUCGCUCAGGAAGGUGAUACCUUCUUUGUACAAACAAACCGAAGAGCAUCUUUUUGUGGAAACGAAGCCGAACGAUCAACUUCCGGAAAAUGGUUUCCUCAAGUUCCCACAGAGAAGGUGGCGCUAACACUGGAAGAAGCAAAAACUGUAUUGGGAGAGUGUAGCCGAAUGGGGGACAUGCUCCAAGGCAUUUUUGAAGAUUUUCUUUGUGCAUCGCCGGCAGACGCUGGCAAUAAAGAGGCAGAUGAGCUGUCUAUGGACGGAGAAGCAGGGUCCCAUGAACGGAGCACUGCUGGCACUGGCACGAUUAGUAUAACUAUGAGUGGUAAAUGGGGUAAGGUUGAUAGCAGUGCGAAUGGAGUUCAUUCUCCCGUUGGUCCGGCUAGGGAUGAAGCCUCAGCAAGUAUUGCUUCGCCUCUCGUCGUUUCUUCACCGCUUAAAUCCGAUGCUAAGAAACGUGAAAGAGAGCUCAUCGGAGAGACGAGUAUGACGUGCCAAGCAGGAGAAGAGAGCUCCAGUGGUGAGGUUCUUCCAAAGGAAGAGCUGUCCUGCAACACGUAUCACGGGGGCGCAGACAGCCCCUUAGUUACCGGCCAGACAGAUGAGGAGGAUCAGGGAAGACAGAGGCUGCCUAAAGUGGACAGUACCGGGGGUGCGAAGAACUCUGCCUUGAAGAACGAACUUCUUAAGUGUCAAGCCACUUGCGAAGAAGUAGCCAUGAAAAUGUUGAACCAGUACAUCCAGGCAGAGAAGGAUGAUGUACAGGAACAGAAGGCACUGGCGGCUCUACACCUUAGAGCCGGACAAGAUUUGUGCGUCAGCGGAUCUAAUCUUCAGCUAGACUCCGACCUGCUUACAGCUGCGUGUGGGGACUUACUCGAUUCUCGGCAAAUAAUUAAAAGUACCUUUCAACAGAUAAGUGACGAAAGCAACGAACCAACCGCAGACACAACCAAUGCGCGCCGCUCGUACUUGGCUCCAACAAAAUCUGUUCAGAAUCGACUACGCUGUACACGAACGCUAGGAGGGUUGAAGUGAGUAGACGAAAAACCACGUUAUUUCGCUAGCGCCUUUCAAGUCACCCUUGUAUCCACUGCUUGAGACGAUCUGUGGUGCAUUCGGAAUCAAUUGCACACAAGACCAAACAAACCGUAAAGAGUUCUAAUAUUUU